UUUGUUUGAAUUAUAAAUAAAAUAAUCCAGAAAUGAUUUUUUAUUAUUAGUCUUUGGUGCAACAUUUCCCAGUAGCUUCAAUUAAUUACUUUGAUUAACGAUACACAGAAAGAUAUAGAGAAUGUGCAGAUAUGCAUGCUAAUUUAAAACAUAUUCCAGUAACGUGUCAUUGUCAUUUCGUUUCACAUCUACUUUCCAUUUACAGUCACCAUCAGAGGACCGAAUGGGGUUGCAUUUGUGCAACAAAAAAAAGCUUCUGUAAUAGCUCACAGUAUUUGUGACCUCUGCUGCAGAAACCGACCACACACUGUAUAAUCAUAAAAGUUCAUUAUAGACUUCAGACUGUGUGAAGAUGACAACUUCUCAGGCAUCCGGUAGUUUCGACACACAGUGUCAGCGUUGUCAUCCAUGUAUUCUCUAUUUUAGAUAUGAAAUUCCAAAUAUUUCUAUGACAUACUUACAUAUUUACAUGUUCCACACCUGCAAACUCAUGCAUUUGAUGUUUAUCGUGUCUUAUUGUGUUGAUGUUCAAACUUUACUUGUGUUUACUUGUGUGUACAGUCAUUAGUCAUGGUUUCAUAUACUGGUAAGGCUUUGUGGCUUUAGCGUGUGUAUGUGAGCUACGAAUAUCAAAGCUUUGACAAAACUGAGUACAUUUCCACACAUCAACCAGACAUUCAGACACGAUAUCAGACAUGGUUGUGAUUGAGGAGAGUCUAAUAAAGACAAUGUGUGAAUGCGACUGCUCAUGAAGAUAUAAAUACUUGGCUUUGAAGUCAAAAUUCUCAGCCAUUUUAUAAAAUGUUCUGCAAACUAGUUGAAAAUGAAGUUAACCAUUUGACCAACAUGUCACAAUAUAAACAAAUUAAAAAAUCACCUCGGGUACAUUCUUCUGCCCCCUCAACUCUCACUACAGGUAAUGCUGUCUGGAAAUUAUGGAGAAAAAAACUGUACAAACCACAGAAAAACAUAUCUGUUAAUCACAAGCCAAUCCCUGCUGUUGAUUUGCAAAGUGAUUUUCCUACUUACAACUUAGCAUUUCUAGAAAUGUCACAUACCUGGUAAAUAAAUGGAAAAAAGUUGUGUGGGCAUAAUCUCAUGGGAUCUCUUUCUGAUUUGUUUUGUUCCUUUGACUUUCUCUUAUCAGACUUUUGAUUAUAUUUCUACAAACUUCAAAAAUGAUCCGAAUCAACAACACCCAAUACUUCCACUUCUUGCAGCAAGCGGAUGCCUUACGUCGCUCAGGGUCACUCUGUGAUGCCAUAAUCUCAGUAAAGAGUCAAACUUUCAGGGCCCAUCGGCUGGUACUGGCUUGUGCUAGCAGAAGAUUAGCACAGCAGCUAGCUCUAGGAGACGUAGACAGCCCAGUCCACUGCACUCUGGAGUAUUUCUCACCCCGCACCUUCCAGCAAGUUCUGGACUUCACUUACACACAGACUCUUGAGGUGUCUGUGGACGACCUGCACCUGCUACUGAGAGCUGCUCAGCUGUUGGAGAUGCAGCUGCUGGAGGACCAGUGCCAGAAGCAGCUGGACAAUCUCCACGACAGAGGUAGAGGGGAGAACAAACAAAGAGAAAUCACAAAUGUCAAAGAAGAAGAAGAAGAAAGUGUAAAGCAGACAGGUCGAAAGCGAGAAGGAAGUCCAGUUCAAGAGGAGAAACUCGGAACGACUUCUCCCCCAGUGGAGGAGGCAAGCAACAGCAUUGUCACGGAAAACCUUUCACCCUCUGAUUCUGUCAAGAACCACAACAAUCUGCCAUCCUCAAGAAAGAAGCCCAGAGUGUCCCCCGUGUCAGCAUCACCCUAUAACAGAGACAGUGUCAUUACAAGGCCCACCAGCAGCAGUUCCUCUUUCUCCUCUCCCUGGCCUUUCCCUACAAACAUGUGGAAUUCUGUGAACACCCUGAGGUGGAUAGCAAAAGACUAUUCAAACUUAGUUGCAGGUCACCCCCUUACGCCUCCAAACCAGACCUCUGUAGCAUACCCGUUCUCCCUCAGCACUCCCCACAUGUUCCCCCUACUUGGCUCCCAUUUUCAAAGCUCUGUAAUGGGCUGCUCAGCCUUUCAUCCACGUUAUACACCAAACCUUUAUGCUGGAUCUACAGGUAUGGGGAACAUAAUCAAGCAAGGCCUGUUAAAAAGAAAAAAACCCAGCCCGAGAUCAUUUACUGGGAACGUUCAAACCAGUGAACUGAGUUUCCAUGAUGUACCCAAAGCCAGCACAGAGAGGGUUAAAGACUGCCAACACUGCAGUAAAAGCCUCCCUGGUGAUCCAGUGCGGCGGGAGUCAGCCUCCACACCAUCGGGUGGGACCUGUGCAGGGUGUCGGUUCUGUGGAAGAGGAGAUGUUGUGCAGCAUGAACCACAAUCCCAUCGACAAGAACACAGAGGGGAAAAACCCUACCAGUGCCAGCACUGUCCCAAGAAGUUUAGUCUGAAACAUCAACUGGAUACACACCACCGAGUUCACACGGGAGAGAAACCCUUCGAGUGUCGUCUCUGUGGCCAGCGUUCACGGGACUACUCAGCCAUGAUCAAGCACCUGCGGACUCAUGGCGGGGCAGCGCCAUACCAGUGCACGGUGUGCCUGGAAUUCUGCAGCAGCCUGGUCGCCAUGCAGAGACACAUCAAGAGUCACGCAGUGCAGGACUUCCCCCCUAACUGGACCAUCAACAACACCUACCUUUACACCUCACACAUCUGAGCCAGCACUCGCAACACAAGACAUCUUUGUUUACACAAAGUUCUCAUAAUGUGUAGUUUUAGUUUGUGCCUAUCAUGUAUUAUCAUUACAUUUGAGUUUUUCUGUAAACCCAGAAGGUCCUUUAACAACACUUACCAUUGUUUUGAAGUAAUAAUACAUGAGAGGCACAAAAUGGGACUAUAUGUUGCAAUAACCUCCAUACAAACUAUAACUAUAAACUAUGUCUGUAUUCACAUUCACAUUCACAACUUUAAAACAGUACUCAUUUCCAAUGAGAAAAGGCAGUUAGUAAAGUAUUGGGUCAUGUACGUGCAUUAAAGCCACACGAACAGCUCAUCUUCAUCGAAUGACGCAGGCCUCUUCCCUCUUACUUUCAUAAUUAUUGGACGGCUUGUGUAAACUUUGUAAGUUUGACCAAGGUUUAUAGCGCCCUCAUGAGGGUAACCACUUUAACCAUUUUUUUUUUUUUUUUUUGUAAUGUUGCUUACAAAUGCUUCACCAUGCCACAAUGUGACCAGUGGCUCAGUUAGUGUGUUUGCAGCUGGACAAAAACUUUUAAGUGCUGGGACAUAUAAACACACAUGCACUGAUCCAGAUUUAGUUAGAAUCUGUCUAUGAUGAUUCUUCAAUAAAUAUAUCUAUUAGAUCCUUAAAUCCUGGGGGGUUCAUUCAUUGUUUGUAGACAGUCUGUCUAGCCAGUGACAAACAAUAGUCCAGCAUUUUCUUGUAUUUUAUUCCUCCAUUAGUGGAUUUUCUGCAUUGUCAGUCACUGAUGGUUGCUGACCCAACUCACUGGUUGCAGUUCAAAAGGCAUGAAUACAGUGAGUAAAUGUGUUUCAAAAGUGUAUACCAAGUGUAUCUAGCAACUACCAUACCUCUCUAAAAACACCACAGAAGUUAUAUGUGAAGUUAUUCCCAAAGCCCUCAUGUUUAUCUAUCUAUGUAUGUAUGUAUGCGUUAUGUAACCUCUCAGACCGAGCUGUCAAGUUCAGGUCUCCACUGAGAGCUAUUUGUUGAUUUGUACAGCAUUAUCUUAAUGAGUAUGGGGUGGAAAAUAGACAAAUGUUCAAAUGUAUACAUUUUUAUAGGCUUCAAUGGAUCAAUAUUCCUUGUUUUAUACUACUAAGCCAUCAAAUAAACAUGCUU